CACCCCUCGUCGCUCCACACCAUCACUCACCACAAUGGCGCGCACUGACCCCGCCCCAUCGCCGGUCCCGGCGCUCAACGUCCCCCGCCUCCUGUUCCACAGCGCAGUGACGGGCACCAUGGUGUCGGCGUAUGUGUCGCUCCAGCGCCUGACGGGGGAGCUGCGUGCUGCCGCCGGCGUCGAGGAGGAGUACGGAGGCCAGUACCAGUUCCUCACGAUCCUAGGCCUCAUCAUCACCGUGUGGACGUUCGCGCUCAGCGCCGCCGAGGACAUUGUGCCGCUGCAUUUCCUCCACGCCACCAAGCGCGUGUUUGCGCUCGCUGCGCUGCCGGUCGAGAUCACCAUCUCGGCCAUCUACUGGCCCCUCAUCCUCCUCGCCCCGUCACUCAUGCUCCCGCCCAAACUCGACGCCGAGGUCGGGCCGGACGGCGCGCCGCCCGCACUCUUCUGGAUCCCGCUGUGGAUGGACCUGGGGCUGCAUGCUGUCCCUGCGCUGUCGCUGAUCAUCGACUUCUUCUUCCUCGAGAAGAAGUACCGCCCGCCCACGUCGACGCGCACCGCGGCCCUCCUCGCCGCCGGCCUGGGCACAGCGUACGCGCUGUGGGCCGAGCACUGCAACACGCAAAACGGCCACUUUGCCUACCCCUUCCUCGACGUCAUGGACGGCACAGGCCGCGCGCUGACAUAUACCGGCGCCGUGGGCUUUGCCUUUGUCGUCUUCCAGGGCCUCAACGCGCUGCACAAGUGAUGCUCUGAUCAGCG